GGGUAAACGCACGUAAACGCCGUUUACGCACCUCUGGAAUUUAGGAAAUAGCGUUUACGCACCUCUAAAUAGCGUUUACGCACCUCAAAGUUCCCUGUGCCUUGUAUUCUGCCGUUGGAAUAAUCGGAAAUAAAUUCAGCAUCAUUUUAAAACACCUAAGACAAGGUUUCAUAUUGUUGAACAAAUAAACGCUGUAAUCUGAAUCAUUUUCAUCUGCGCUGUAGGCCUAUGCUAUUAUGGUCUGUGACCCUCCAAUCAGUGCCUUGCGGCUGCGGCAGCGACACCAAUCAGGAUCCAGGAAAAUAUGUAAACAGGAAGUAUGUAAACACAUGGCCCUGCGCGUUGUGGAUUAUCAUGCCUGCCUACCUGUCAUUAAUUAGCCAUGGAUAUCAGGCGAUUUUUGAAGAGACCUUCGAGUGCUCCCACUCCAACAAAUGCCCGAAAAAGGCCUCAAGUACAAAUCAGUCUUUUCCCUGGUCCAUCUCCUCCUGUCUUGCCGUGGGUAAUCCUGGUCUACACAUCCAUCUCUGUGCACCGGGCCCGCGGCUAGCCGCUAUCGCUGAGCUGUUGCUCCCUUCGCCCGGCAGCAUCAUGCUCACCUAUUCGCCUGCACAGCUGUUUGAAAUGACAGAAGAAGAACUGUAUACCACGUACAAGGGUGUGUAUUUGCCCAAAGUGGUUCACUUCAGAGAGAGCCUGAAAUACUACGAGGAGUUCUCUUUUCAUCCAGAUGACAUUCUUAUUGUAACUUAUCCGAAGUCAGGGACAACAUGGAUGCAGGAGAUAGUGCCUCUGAUCAUGAGCCAGGGAGACCCGGAACUGGUGGACACUGUGCCCAGCUGGUCCCGGGUCCCUUGGUUGGAGUCCGGAGCAUUUAUCCAUAACCUGGACCAGAGACCCUCCCCACGUGUCUUCAUUACUCACUUCCAGUACAACAUGAUGUCAACGGGCUUCCUCAAGGUCAAACCGAGGGGGUGGCUGUCUGUUGGAGAACAGCAGCACAUCAUGUACAUCUCCUAUGAACAGAUGAUCCUGGUAUUGUCGGGGACUGGAAGAAUCAUCUAACCAAAGCAGAGGCGGAAUACUUUGAUGAAUCUUACCAAAAGAAAAUGCAACAUGUAAAACACACAUUUGAUUGGGAUUAGAACAUAUAUUUAUUUUGUUUUCUAUCGUUCUUUGGGAAAGGUAGCCGAUCCGCAAAGUCGAUUAGUUCUGUUCUUGCUCUCUCUCUGUGUUAAUAACCUGGGACUAGCUCAGAGAAGAUUUGACUGAUUUGCCGGAUGAAUACAGAUCGUUAUUUCAUUGAAAUGCAUUUAAAUUCUUGAAAUAAAUUAUA